UAUACAGACAUAUACACACUGGGAGUCAAAAGUCUGGAGUAAAGAAGAUGUGCCUCACUAGGGCUGCAUUUAUUUGAUCAGAAAUACUGUAAAAAUAUGAAAUAUUAUUACAAUCCAAAAUAAGGGAUUUCUAUGUGAAUCUGUAUUAAAGUGUAAUUUAUUUCUGUGAUGCAGUGUUCAGAGAUGAUUGACACACGGCUGUGACCCCGGGGGUCGAGCCCUCAGCGGGGAACAUGAAGGUAUGGAGGAGACGGUGGACAUGAACCGAGGCUUCUUCAGGAAAGUGGACGUUCCCGAUCAUGCACACUACAUAGUGGCCUUCUUCGUGGCUGUUAUCGGGGCUGUAGGAGUGAUUGGAAACCUGCUGGUCAUGUAUGCCUUCUUCAGUAACAAGAAACUACGGACGCCUCCGAACUACUUCAUCAUGAAUCUGGCAGUGAGCGACUUCCUCAUGGCCAUCACUCAGUCGCCCAUCUUCUUCGUCAACUGCAUGUACAAGGAAUGGGUGUUUGGUGAAAUGGGUUGUAAGAUGUAUGCCUUCUGUGGCGCUCUGUUUGGAAUCACAUCCAUGAUCAACCUCCUGGCCAUUUCCAUCGACCGCUACAUUGUGAUCACCAAACCCCUGCAGGCCAUCCGCUGGACGUCUGGACGCCGGACGCUCAUUAUCAUUCUCCUCGUCUGGAUCUACUCUCUCUGCUGGAGUCUGGCACCCCUUGUAGGAUGGAGUUCCUAUAUCCCAGAAGGCCUCAUGACGUCCUGCACGUGGGACUAUGUGACGUCCACGCCGGCGAACAAGAGCUACACUUUGAUGCUCUGCUGCUUUGUGUUCUUCAUCCCUCUUGGAAUCAUCUCUUACUGCUACUUCUUCAUGUUCCUCGCCAUCCGGAAAGCAAGCAGAGAUCUGGAGAAGCUGGGCAGUCAUGUGAGGAAGACGGCGCUCAUCCAGCAGCAGUCCAUAAAGACCGAGUGGAAGCUGGCCAAGAUUGCGUUUGUGGUCAUCAUUGUGUUCGUUCUGUCCUGGUCUCCUUACGCCUGCGUCACUCUCAUCGCCUGGGCAGGGUACAGCCACGUUCUCACGCCGUACUCCAAGGCAGUUCCUGCAGUGAUUGCCAAAGCAUCAGCCAUCUACAAUCCCUUCAUCUACGCCAUCAUACGCUCCAAGUACAGAGACACGCUGGCGGAGAAGGUGCCAUGUCUGCAUUUUCUCUCCCAGUCGUCACGGAAAGACUGCAUCUCGGUGUCCAACAGCGAGUCUUCCUUCAAGGAGCCCAUGCUCAGCCGACAGUCAUCAGGGUCAAAGGUCAAAUUCCAGCGAGUCUCCUCUAUGUCCACCGCAGACACAGUCUGGAGUGAUGUAGAAUUAGAUCCUGUGGACCAAAGGACUCUCCGAAACUCACAUUCAGCCAAUCUACUGAGAGAUGAAGAAUGGAAGACACAAACUAAACAGGGCAAGAUGAAGAACAGGAGGCGACAGGAGAAAAAACACAGUGAAGAGAAGGCUGCAGUCACAGAGAGCGGCUCUUUGAACGACUGCGGACUUGACCUGGUGUCUGAGUCCGUCAACAUGGCCACUGUUCCUCUUCUCAUGGCCAAAAACACUCCUGGGGAGGAACAAGAGGAGGAGUGCAAUGAGGAACAAGAGGACAGUAAUUCUCUGAGCCCCCUGAGCAAUGGUCUGGCUUUUUACGAAGACACGCAGGAGCCACAAAUCAUUAUCAUCCCCACAUCAGAGCAGACCAGAGAAGACAAAUUAAUACUGGACCUCAAGAGCCUGAACUGCUCCAGUGAGCUUCUGGAGUCUGUGGAGAAAUUCCUCUCCUGAGGCUGAACCAGAGACCCGGAGAUCCUCUUCUGUACGUUUGUGUUUCACUGAAGACGCUUGGGAACCACAGUGUUCACAUCAGUAUUGUAGAUGAACAAGCAAUCGGACCACAUUGCUUUGCUGCUAACAAUGAAUCGUAAGAACUAGUUAUGAUCUUAUACUUUCACUCCUCAAAUAUGCUUCAACUUCACACUUCAGCCACAGUGUGUAGUGUAGAAGUAGCUGAAAGAGACACAACCACUGUGCACAUUUGCCCUUUAAUAAAGAGCGUUCUUACAAAUAUGCAUCACAACCAUCAUAAAGACACUAAAAAACAUGCUCAAUUCAUUUCUCAAAACUAAGGAAUGUUCUGUGUUCAAUACAAGUUGUGCUCUAUUGACUCAUUGUUGACUGUUGAUUAUAGAAAAUAA